AUGUCCAACUCGUCCAUCCUCGAUCGCAUAUCCAGUCCAACUCUGCGGUCCCCCAUACUGUCGACUUUUCGCAGCCCCCCAGCGCGGUCAUCGACCGAAUACCAACUUCACGAGCUAGACCCAAGGCCGGAAUACCCCGACAUGUCGCGAGACUAUACCUUUGACGGCGACGGGCAUCACACGCCGGCCUAUAGAGACACGUCGACCGAUGGCUGGAGCAACGAUGCGCCCAGCUCAGCUGGCUCGCCUUCGACUCCGAAACGGCGAGCCAUGUUCCACGGGCCCCCUCCUCCUAUUGCUGCCUCUUUUAUGAAGAGUAAUCGAUCCCAAGGAAGCUCUGAUGCGGGCCGCUCGCAGGGAAUCAUCGCCAACAGUACAGCCCAGCUCGGCAGCCUUUUAUUCCAACCACCUCGUCAGCCGAACAAGAUACGCCCAGACCCUGCAUGGCGUGCAUUUGGCCGCAGAGAAAGAGCCAUCGAGCAGGAGAUACAGCAGUUGCUCGAUCUUCAGGCCACGGGGUUAGUCGCUGGCAGCGGUCGACUGCCAGACGAUGGCGACGACUAUAGCGGCACUGGUUCCAGCACACCCACGGGGACCUUUUACUCAACCGCAACGUCAAAAUCGAGAAUGACCAACUCGCUGCAUGUGCCGGCUCGAUCGACCAAAGACGGUAAUGUCAUGCCAGUACGACAACCCGUGGGUGGGAAACCUCUCGGGCUCAGAUCGGCCAGAGCCGGCUUGCGCAAAGCCAUGGCGGCCCUGGUUGAACUCAAACGAGAAGAAGACGCACACGUCGAUGCAGCACUAUCAGAACGCAAAAAGGCCCUCAUCCACUUGUCCCGAUUAUCUGCGCGACAAAACGGCGUCAAUAGUGAGCUUCACGAACUGGAAGAAAACCAAGAAGAGCCUCUCGGCAAAGAGAUCCGAGAGCUGGGAUCGAAAUAUAAUUCUCUUACACAGGAAAUCAGACAGCUAGAGGAGAGGCUCAUGGCCAUGCGAAAUCAGCGCAAAUUUGUCAGGGACAAAAUGGAAGAUGCGCAAGCCCGACGGGAUGCUGGAUUAAGCGGUUAUCGCGGGGCGCUCAAAGAUAUCGAUGCUGAGCUUCAAUCGAUGAUGAUGCAUCCCUCAAUCCAACCCCUUGACCCAGAGGUUUUCUCCCCGCCUAGCUCUCCCAGCAACGAUGGUGAAAGCUUGGGUGGUGUCGAAUUUCUAGGACUCAUUCCUGAGAGAAGAACACCCGCCAUGGCCACAGCCUGGUGGGAGAAGGAGGUCAAUGUACUCGAUCAACGCAGACGGCAGAUUAGCAAAGAAAGGCAAGCGUUGGAGGAUGGCAGUUUUGUCUGGCGUGAGGUGACGAAGCUUGUGACACGCUUCGAAUCAAGCUUGCGGCAGGUGAUGAAGACUGGUGCAUCACAAGCUCCAGCGUCGUCCAAGGGCAAAGAAAAGGUGCCCUCGCAAGAAAAUCUCAUCCGAGAUCAGCUGAGCAAGAUGGAUGAUGUUGUCGCGCAGCUGGAACGGUGUUUGGGCCAGGCCGAAUCGGAGGGGUGGAACCUGCUAGUAUGCGCCAUUGGUGCGGAGCUGGAGGCGUUUCGCGAAGCUCAGGAUAUGCUCAAGAGUUUCUUCGAAGAAGCUCCUUCAAAACAAAACUCUCUUCGGAAGGAGGAAAACCAGGAACCCCAACAUGGAAGCCAAGCGGUGGAUGAGAGCGACAACGAUGUUCCCCCAGAUCUGCUGGGAUCCACUGGUGAUGCAUCCAAGACCAAGACGCUUGACGUCGAUGAUGGCGUGGCCACGGCAGAGCUGAGGAGGGUUGAGAGCGAGAAUGACGUGCCACUUGAAUUCCUGGCUGAGCUCGCAAACGAGGAAAGUGUAUUCUUUCCUCGAUUCUACAGUUUCCACAACUACCAAGCUGCCGUGGUUAGGAGUGGUUUGCUCGCUGCGUAG